AUGAAAAAAUUAUGGUUAAAAGUAUUGAUAGGGACUUCAAUUCUAUCAGUAGCAAUUUCAUAUUCUUUUCUAAAGAGAAAGUAGAUACCAAAGAAAAGAUUAAUAGAUAUUAUAGGAAAUACACCUUUAAUAUAUUUAAAGAGUCUUUCUGAAUAAACAGGGAAAGAGAUUUAUGUUAAAUUUGUUUUAAUAAUUUUAGGCCAAAUGUGAAUUUAUGAAUCCUGGAAGUAGUAUGAAAGAUAGAACAGCUUUGGCAUUGAUAAAAUCAGGUUUUUAAUAAGGACUUUUAGGAGUGAAAAACAAUACAAUAUAUGAAGGUACAUCAGGAAGCACAGGAGUGAGUUUAACUUUAAUUGGUAAUAGUUUAGGAUGUAAAUGCAAGUUAUAUUUACAAAAUGAUUUGGCAUAAGAAAAAUAUAACAUUUUAUAAACUUGUGGUGCAUUUAUUGAAAAAGUACCACCAGUUUCAAUUGUUGAUUCAGAGCAUUUCUGUAAAAAGGCUGAAAAAUAAGCAUUAAAAGAAGGUGGAUAUUAUGCUGAUCAAUUUCAUAAUUUGGCAAAUCAAGAAGCUCAUUUUUAAACUGGGAAAGAGAUAUAUGAAUAAACAUUAGGUUAAAUAGAUUGUUUUAUUAUGUCAUCUGGAACAGGAGGAUCAAUAGCUGGUAUAUCUUAAUAUUUGAAAAGCAAAAAUAAAAAUAUUAAAAUUGUUUUAGCUGAUCCUCCUGGAUCCUCUUUAAAAAAUCAUGUUAAUACUGGAGUUUGUUAUACAUAUUAAGAAGCUGAAGGUCAUAGACUUAAAAAUCCUUUUGAUACUGUUAUUGAAGGAUGUGGUUUAAAUCGACUUACAAGUAAUUAUAAUCAAGCUAAGAUUGAUUAUGGAUUUACUAUUGAAGAUUAAGGUUAAUUUUCUUAUUUAAUUUAGAAUCAAUAUAAAUGGCUUAAUAAUUAAUUGAAAAAGAAGGACUUUUUGUUGGAGCAUCUAGUGCUAUGAAUUGUGUUGCUGUUUUAAAAGCUGCUAAAAAGUUUCCAGAAUGCAAAGUUUUCGUUACUAUUUUAUGUGAUUCUGGAUAAAGAUAUUUGAGUAAAUUUUAUAAUAAAGAAUAUUUAUAAUAGCAUUAAAUUUAAUAUUGA